AUGGCAAUGGAGUAUGACCUGAUCAUCAUCAAUGGCGUUGUCGUGUCCGAGACCGAGGUUCAAGAGUGGGAUAUCGCAGUCAAAGAUGAGAAGAUUGCAAAGGUCGUUCCAAGAGGAGAUUUGAAGGAUGCAAAGGCAGCGAAGACGAUAGAUGCUGAAGGUGGCUAUGUGAUGCCAGGUGGAGUGGAUGCCCAUGUCCAUCUCCAAGAACCUCCGUUGUUCGGUAAAGGCUCAACAGCAGACAACUACGAAACUGGCAGUCGGUCAGCAGUAUGUGGAGGUACUACCACAAUGGUAACGUUUGCGCCUCAGAAAAAGACCGAAGACACGCUACUUGAUACGCUGGCCGCAACACACGAACGAGCAAAGGGAAACUGCUACAUCGACUACUCUUUUCACAUCAUAGUCGGUAAUCCUUCCGAGAAAGCCCUGUCAGAGUUCAAGACUCUCCGUGAAGAAGGUAUAUCUUCAUUGAAGAUUUACAUGACCUAUGAGGCCCUCCAACUGCACGAUGGGCAGAUCCUGGACAUACUCCUCGAAGCGCGGAAACAAGGCAUAACCACCAUGAUCCACGCCGAGAAUGGCCAAGUAAUCGACUGGAUGACUGCGCAACUCGAGAAGAAGAAACUGUUCGCACCAAAAUACCACGGCUCAUCUCAUCCACCCAUGGCAGAGACAGAAGCUACAUAUCGCGCCAUCAGCCUAUCCGAAUUCAUGGACACACCAAUCCUUAUUGUCCAUGUCUCCACACCAGCCGCAGCCGCCCAUAUUAAAGCAGCUCAAGACCGCGGUUUACCCAUUUACGCAGAGACAUGCCCGCAAUACCUCUUCCUCACAAAGCAAGACCUCGACCAACCCGGUUUCGAAGGCGCAAAAUGCGUCUGCUCGCCUCCACCCCGCGAAAGUGAAGCCGACUGUGACAUCAUCUGGGAAGGACUGGAAAACGGGACUUUUACAAUCCUCUCCUCAGACCACUGUCCUUUCCGCUACGACGACCCAGAGCUAGGAAAGAAGAGCAGUAUCUCUGCUGAAUACCCACUUGGUCACUUCAAAUAUAUUCCCAACGGCUGUCCUGGGAUUGAAACGCGUCUUUCCCUCACACUCAGCGCAAACCGCUUGAAGCUUACAAAGUUUGUUGAGGUCACAUCUGCUAACCCGGCGAAACUUUACGGUCUCCACCCCACAAAGGGUGCGUUGGUGGAGGGCGAGUCUGAUGCUGAUAUCAAUAUUUGGUAUCCCGAAGGCAAGAUGGAGGAGUUUGAUCUAACGAAUGAUAUGUUGCAUCAUGAUGUUGACUAUACGCCUUUUGAGGGCAGGAGGAUGAAGCAGUGGCCGAGGUAUACGGUGUUGAGGGGAAAGGUGGUUUGGGAUAGGGAGAAUGGGGGUUUGUUGGGUGAGAAGGGGUAUGGAAGGUUUACGAAGAGGGAUACUAGUAGUCUUGCGAAACCAAUGAAGGAGGGGGAGUGGGUGUUGCCGCUAUAA